UCGCACGGCGGAGAGAUGUCGUCUCGACCGAGUGGAAGCCGGCGGGCCCUUGUGCGAUGCGGUGCGACGCAAGUGAGCGGUGCGGCGGAAGCGAGGUCGCCGUCGACGCGUGAAGUGCAGCAGUGUCGCGCACACAAACACGCAAGCCAGCCACCGUUUCCACCGUCCAGCCACUUUUAUUUCGCACAUCACAUAGCAGCCUUUUCUCUCUCUCCUACCAACCACAAACCGUCGGCCAUCGUCAACGUCUACCAUCACCGCCACUCUAUCGCUUUCCAGCAUUACCGUCGCUUCAGAUACCCAAGACCAGUCAUCAACAUGCGUUACUCCAUCGUCGCCAGCGCCUUUGGCCUCUUCUCCGUCGCCGUCGCAGAGGCCACUGUGACCAUCACUCAGGUCUCCACCGUCUUCCCGUCCAACUGCGAGGCCAGCCCAACCGGCGCUACCAACCCACCAGGCUACGGCGAGUCGACUACCGUGACCGUUGAGAGCACCAGCGUUGUUCAGUCGACGGCCACAGUCCAGACUUCUGGCUCCACCGAGGUCUCACCAGCUGGCACCUCCGGCACCGGUGUCCCAACUGCUCCAGGUCCAGUCACUUCUGAGACCGCCUCGACCACUGAGGGAGCCCCAGCCCCGUCCACCACUCCUGGCUCUACCGAGUCUGGUCCCGAGUCCACCACCUUGGCCACCUCCGCCAGCGAGUCCGCUUCCAACACCGGCUCCCAGAGCAGCACCGCUCCAUCAGCUGCUGCGUCCACCAAUGCUCCACCUGCUGCCACUGGUGCAGCCGACAUGAAGAAGCCAAGUGUGGUCGGCCUCGCCGCCAUCAUGGCAGCUUUGGUCUACCUCUAAACAACCAGCCACCACGACGAAAGUUGUUGUUGUCGCACAAUCACAUCUUCACACUGAUUGAUUGAGAUUACAACAACGCUUUCAACGUUCUUCACGACUCGAUGCUUCUUCACACGAUUUGCAUGAAACACAAACACACUCAGCGUUGGUGCUCAAGGCGUAACAAAGGAAUGGGGAAAAAUGGACUGAUGGUGUACCCCAUUACGUGCAUGCUUAAUUCAUGGGGCAUUGAUGAGCGAUGAUUUAUGUCAUGAUGGAGCCCGGCGUGGCCCAACAGAAGUGUAAUUCUAGCUACCAGUGC